AUGAAGAACAAAGCGUGGAGUCUGGAGGUUGCCACAAAACAACUUGAUGAAAUCAGUCUCGAUGAUACGCCUAGUCUGGUUUUUGUGGAUAAUACGGCUACCUUGUCAGGAAUGGUCGACUCUCUCGACGGACUACCAACAGUGCCACCAUCAAUAUUUAUCGACCUUGAAGGUAUCAACCUUUCUCGACACUGCACUAUCUCAAUCCUGCAAAUUUACAUCCUCCCUGCCAAGCGUACCUAUCUGAUUUAUGUAUACACGCUCCGCGACAAGUGUUUUUCGACACCCGGGAGAAAUGGCCGCACUCUCAAAGCAAUAUUGGAAUCUGAACUCAUUUCCAACGUUUUCUUCGACGUUCGUAACGAUUCGGAUGCACUACAUACUCAUUUUCAGAUCGACUUAGCUGGUAUACACGAUCUCCAACUGAUGGAGCUCGCAACGCGAACUUUUCCUAAGAAAUGUGUCAAUGGACUCUCAAAGUGCAUCGAGAGAGACGCGCCUCUUUCCUCACAGGAAAGGCUGACCUGGACACAAACCAAGGACAGGGGACUUCGACUUUUUGCUCCGGAGAAGGGCGGGAACGCAAAAUGGCGAGAAAAGGUGAUUGCGGGUUCAAAGGAAAGAGUGCAGUUAUCUCAUUCCCCUACUUUUAAUGGCAAAGAACGGCAUAUUGCUUUGGCUCCAUCUGGGUGGCAGUGA